AUGGCUCUCUCAGCUCUGGACUCGACCUGGCGUCCAGAUGUUAUCGCUGUCGCGCUAGGGGUUGUGCUGGUAUUGUUCAUCUGGCGAUCAGUAGCAAGGAGCAGGGAGAUUGAGGCGCCGCUUUUGACCAACGCUGGCAAUGAUUUCCACAAGAUCAUGAACGAGGGCUAUUCACGACAUAGGAACAGCUUGUUUAAAAUUCCCACGUCGAAUAAGCCUAUGGUCAUUGUGCCGACUGCCAUGCUUGACGAUCUCAAGACGGAGCCAGAGUCAAGCAUUUCUUUCCGACGCGAAAUGUACGAUCGCUUUCUCGGCACGUAUACAUCGGUCGCUUCCAACAGCCCAACAAUGAUUCAGUCGGUCAAGGUUGACCUGACCCGAGGACUUCCCCAGAUUCUGCCGGAGAUGCAAGAGGAGGCUCAGUUUGCAACUCAACAAUGUCUAGAGGGCGCCGACUUCGACAAAGAUGGCUGGUUCCGCACAACGGUAUAUGGCGCAUCUACUCAGAUAAUAGCUCUCAUUUCGGGAAGAGUUUUUGUUGGCCUGCCCUUGUCCAGGAACCAGGAAUGGAUCGACAUCUCGAUCAAUGCCACAAUUGACUCCUUUACCGGUGCCGCAGAGAUGUGGAAAUACCCAUCCUGGUCAUGGCCAAUCAUGCAGUACAUUGUUCCGCAGACGAAACGCGUUCGGUACUACAGGAAACGAGUCGCGCAGAUACUGAAGCCGCUUGUCGAGGCUCGACUAUGUCAGGCUAGUGAGGACUCAUCGUACAAGAAGCCCGCGGAUAUGAUCCAGUGGUUCAUCAACAACUCUGGCAAGAAAGCUGGCGACAUGGCCUUCCAGGCGAAUGAGCAUAUUGUUGUCAACAUCGCAGCUAUACACACUACAGGCGGGCAGCUCGCGCAUACGCUGUAUGACCUAGCUCGCUUUCCCGAGUAUGUGCCCAUUCUGCGAGACGAGAUCGACCAAGUUUUACUCGAAGAAAGAGGCAGCGGUGCCAUCACGAAGCAGACCUUGUUCAACCUGAAAAAGAUGGAUAGCUUCCUGCGCGAGGUUCAGCGCGUCAAUCCUCCAUCCCUAGUUUCUACCAACCGCAAGGUUCUGAAGCCGAUGAAGCUGUCUGACGGGACAGAGUUGCCUGCCGGCACCUCUCUGGCCGCGCCUGCUGGUUGUGUCAGCAAAGAUCCCAAGCUGUGGCAGGACCCGGAGAAUUUCGACGGGCUCCGAUUCUACAAUCUUCGCCACGAACAAGGAGAUGAAAAGUAUCAAUUUGCGAGCGCGAAUAAGGAGGCACUGAGCUUUGGGCACGGUCGGCAUGCGUGCCCUGGUCGAUUCUUCGCCGCGGCUGAGCUAAAAGUCGUGCUUGUGCAGAUUUUGCAACAUUACGACGUUGAACUCUGCCCAGACUACAGCCGGAGCCGGCCACUGAAUGUACAUGUUGAGAUUAUGGCGGCUCAAGACCACACCUACGAGCUGCGUUUUAGAAAGAGAACGAUGAAUGCGUAG